CUCUCGGCCAAUCAGCUCCUGACAGUUGACAGGAAACGUCAAACAUUCCCUCGCGUUGACCAAUCGGCGACAGGGGACGGCGGGUUUACCCUCCCUAUAUCCCACGUGAUCCUCCUCAGUAGUUCCCAGGCGGUCAGAUCGGAGAGCCGGAGACUAUGGAUCAGAGGGUUGGGUUGUUCGUUCUUCUGGUGGCGGGCCUCCUCUGCCUCAGCUUGGCCCCCAUCUCUCGGGCCGACGACCUGGUCGAGGACGGUCUGGACGACGACGUGGACGUGGAGGACGAGCUGGAUCUGGGUUUGGCCGGAGCUGAGGAGGAGGAGGAGCUGGAGGGGGACGCGCAGGAUGAAGCUCCGCCUGCUCCUAAAACUCCUCCUACACCCAAGGUGACCUACAAGGCUCCAGAGCCGAUGGGGGAACAUUUCUUCGCCGAGUCUUUUGACCGGGGGACACUUGAUGGCUGGGUUCUGUCCAAGGCCAAGAAGGACGACGCUGAUGAAGAGAUCGCAAAGUACGAUGGUAAAUGGGAGGUGGAGGAGAUGAAGGACAGUAAACUGCCCGGUGAUAAAGGUCUGGUCCUGAAGUCCAGAGCCAAACAUCACGCCAUCUCAGCCCAGCUGCUGCGACCUUUCACCUUCGACACCAAACCCCUCAUCAUCCAGUACGAGGUGAACUUCCAGUCAGGUAUCGACUGCGGCGGCGCCUACGUCAAACUCCUGACUCAGACUCCUGAGCUCAACCUGGACGAGUUUGUGGAUAAAACUCCGUACACCAUCAUGUUCGGACCCGACAAAUGCGGAGAGGAUUACAAACUGCACUUCAUCUUCAGACACAAAAACCCCAAAACUGGAGAGUAUGAAGAGAAGCACGCCAAGAAACCCGACACUGACCUGAGGACGUACUACACCGACAAGAAGACACACCUGUACACACUCGUGGUGAACCCUGACAACAGCUUUGAGGUGCUGGUGGAUCAGACGGUGGUGAACAGCGGCAGCCUGCUGACAGAUGUGACCCCGCCUGUGAACCCCCCCGCUGAGAUCGAGGACCCCGACGACCACAAACCAGAGGACUGGGACGAGAGGCCCAAGAUCCAGGACCCAGAUGCCGUCAAGCCCGAGGACUGGGACGAGGACGCUCCCGCUCAGAUUCCAGAUGAAGACGCAGUGAAACCAGACGGCUGGUUGGACGACGAGCCGGAGUACAUCGGAGACCCCGACGCUGUCAAACCUGAAGACUGGGAUGAGGACAUGGACGGCGAAUGGGAGGCUCCUCAGAUCCCUAACCCCGCCUGUGAGGCCGCCCCCGGCUGUGGCGCCUGGAAACAGCCGAUGAUCGAUAACCCCAACUACAAGGGCAAGUGGAAGCCUCCGAUGAUCGACAACCCCAACUACCAGGGCGUCUGGAAGCCGAGGAAGAUCCCGAACCCCUCGUACUUCGAGGACCUGCACCCGUUCAGGAUGACUCCGUUCAGCGCCGUGGGACUCGAGCUCUGGUCCAUGACCUCCGACAUCUUCUUCGACAACUUCUUCAUCACCAACGACCGCAACACCGCCGACCGCUGGGCCUCCGACGGCUGGGGGCUGAAGAAGGCAGCAGAGGGCGCCGCUGAGCCUGGUCUGGCAGCUCAGAUGAUAAGCGCUGCAGAGGAGCGUCCCUGGCUCUGGGUUGUCUACGUCCUCACCGUGGCUUUACCACUCGUCCUCAUCAUCGUCUUCUGCUGCACCGGGAAGAAGAAGAGCCCAGCGACGCCAGCAGAGUACAAGAAGACCGAUGAACCUCAGCCCGACGUGAAGGAAGAGGAGGAGGGAGAAGAGGAGGAGGGAGGAGAGGCUGAAGAGGCAGAAGAGGCAGAGAAGAGCAGUCCAGCUGCAGAAAAGAGCGACGGAGAGGAAAGUCCUGCAGAGAAAGAGGAAGAGGAAGCAGAGAAGGACGAAGAGAAGGACGAAGAGAAGGACGGCACGGCAGAUGAGAAGUUGGAGGAGGACGUUCUGCGGAGAUCUCCCAGGAACAGGAAGGUCAGAAGGGACUGAUAUCUCUGAAUCCAAAGCCCUGACCUCAACACCUCCCCCUCUCUCUCCCCUGAAAUACCCCCCACCCUCCACCCUCCUCCUCCUCCUCCUCUUCUUCUUCUACUCCUCUGCUCCGAGGUGAUGAAGCCUAAACGGAUUCCAUGGAAGCAGCGACGCCAACAGGAAACGAAUCGAGACACGGACGCCUGACGAUGAUGAUGAUUCCAGUAUGAACAGGACUGAGUUAGUGAGAUUAAAGGAGAUUAACUGAGAUUAACUUUCUGCAUCAUUCCUUAACAACACCUGAGCAGACCCACCAGACCAACGUCUUCUAUCCCGGCUGCCGAACCUCCACCUGCCGCCGCUCUGAGCUAGCAAGUGCCCCACCCUACCACCAGCCUUUUAAAAUACUCUGUAAACAGUGUGGCUGUCAGCGCCUGCAAUCUGAAGUACCCUGGCAUGAUCCUGCUUGUGCUUGGGCUCUAAAUUAGCCAACCAGCAGUCAGAUUAUUUGGCCAACAACUGUCAGGAUUAUCCUGCAGGAGGUCAGGAAAUUAACCUGCCAUUAGACUUGUUAAAUGGUCUUCUACAUGCAGUAUAAUUAGCUCAUCAACAGCCUGGUAAUGAGGCAGUGAAGUCUGCCAGAUAAGCCUGUUAAACUGCCUAUAAACAAUUUGUAAAUUAGUCUCCAGGCAGGCAGAACAUUUAGCCAUCGGGCUGCUAACAGACUGCUAUUAGUCCUGUUGAUUAAGCCGUCAGCAGAUGGGAUUAUCCUCCUGAAAGUCUUGUUAAAUAGCCUAAUAACUAGUCUAUCAUCAGUCAGGAUAAACCUCCAAAUGAUACAGGAAGUCUAGACUGUUAAACAGCCUGUAAGCAGUUGGUUAAUUAGUCUCCUAACAGGCGGGUAACUAGCAUCUAUCAGGGUGCUAAUUAAGCUAACAAUAUCCAACACACAAUCACCAACCAGAAGUCUUUCUAAAUUAGCCUCCUAGCAUGCUACUAAUUGGCCUCCAAAGCUUGUCUUUAGCUUGCCAGUUAGCUUGUUAGCAAGACACAGAUCCACCCAUUUCUAUCAAACCAGAACUGAGGAUUAUAGGGAAGUAACCUAAAAAAGUGUUGCUAAUUAGCUCCCAGAUGAGCAGCUUGAAAGAUUUGUGCUAUAGCGUGAAGUUGUCCUACAAACAAGUCUGCUAACAACAGGCUGCUAACAAGUCCCCAAAAUAACAAAACUAGCGACUAAACCCGCUAACACCCGACUAAUUCGUCUUCCAGGAGUCUGUGCGUUAGCCUGCUAGCAUCUUAAAGCGACCCACAACUUUUCGAUUAGCUGCAGCCGUCACAUGCUAAUAUUUCAACAAGUGAAAUGUGAACACUCCAGCUGACAUGAACUUUUUCUUUCCUUUCUUCCUCUCAUGUUUUUGUUACAGAUGUUAGCCGAUGUUUUACCUCUUGAAGGAGUUGUCUCAGUGUUGUUUUUUUUUAAAUGUGUGUUUAUGUCCUGAUGGCAGCAGGAAAGGUCAGAGGUCAGAGGUCAAACACAAGUAUUUUCUUGUGAUUUACACCUUGUGACUUGGAUAAACUGUUGUCAGGUAGAGGCAGUGGGUGUCAGGUGUUUGUUACCUGGCGUUUUUAAGUCGCAGGUGGAUCUUGUCUGACCGGUUCUCGCUUCACCGUUUUGGUCCUUUUCAGUCAAAACUGUCGAGUCAGCGUCGUGAUAGAUCCCCGCAGCAGCAGCAGAUGAGCUUCAGACGCCAAAAACCUUUUUAUUUUUUCAGCAUUCACCAGCUCCUGUUCUUUUUUUAUUUCAGUCCAAACAAGCAUGGCAGCAGCAGGUCUAUCCUCUCGUUUCAGAUACAAAACCUGCCUCUUUUGACGAAGGUUUGCAGGAUCUGAAAGUUUUUUAACCAACAUUUCAGCUCCAGAGUGUUGAUUUUUAAUAAGGAAAUUUCCCAUGCUUCCAGGUUUUUGUCUGAUUUCUUUACCUGGAUCGGUUUCAUAUCAACACAUGGUGUGAAAAUGAUUCACUGCAGGUUCUCUCUUUCUUUCUCAGUUCCGAUGGGUGAAUUUAAUCAUGAAAUGCAAAGGAAAAAGUGACACACAAGCUGCCAAAAUCAUAACAAGGCAACACAUCUACCCUCAUUGUCUGUAGAAGUCAUCAAGACGAGCUGCUGUCGUGUUUGUUUGGACUGAAAAAACUGGUGUGGGCAGAUGGACAGACACCCAGCCCCUCUUUCAUUAACCCCAUAUGAAAAGAAAAAGGCACUAAAGGGGAAAAACUCAGGCGCUUAACCUCACACCUGUCCACCUGCUGCACCACAACACCUCCACCGAUCGCCGACGUCCUCCUGCAUGAAUCCAUGUCGGAGUUAACCCCAUGUUUAAAGAGACUGCACUUGAGCGUGAAGUUCACUCUUAACCUCCCACUUUCUCUCAGCUUUCAGCCUUAUCUCACAGUCUAUCAGUGGAUCGCUCGGUUGUCGUCACAUGACAACUGGGCAAAUUGUAUCUGCUGAUGAAGACCGUGAGAUAAGGUAGAAAGCUAGUAGGUGGGCCUUAGAGUUAAGAGAGUUCUCAGGAUUUUCAUCAUAUCAUUUUUUUUAAAUCUUUUCCAUGGCUGAGAUUUUUUCUGCUGUGGUCGUUAAAUGUGCGUUUUUUUUCUGUCGUCAUCUGCUGCCGCCGCCUGAUGAAAUCACCAUUGACGUGACAUUGAUGUCGGGCCGAGAAAAGGUUCAUAACUGAGUUUGUUUUUGACCUCCUGACCUUUCCUCUAGCACCACCAUCAGGACGAACUUCCCACUUUUCAUUUCGCGGAAUUAAAAAAAAAAACAAAAAAAAAAAAACGCAUGAGAAUUUGUUCAAUAAACUUCCUAAGCUUGAUAAUUCAUGAUGAAAUAAUCUAAGGAUUAUAAGGAAGAAAAAAACGAGAUGAUCAGAGUGUGGCAUCAUUCGAGAGAUUUAAAAAAAAUCUGAAAUUAAGCUGGUUUGUGUGUGGAAAAAAGAACUACAUUAGUCCAGUCUUGUAUUCAUGAGGUGACUGUUGAUGUGUCUGUUUUUUGUCAUUUCUGUGUCAAACUUCAGUUUUCCAUCCGCUAAACGUCUGCUGUUUGUGUUUGAAGUCGAUAUGUAAGUCAGGUCGGGAUCGGCAGGUUCGAGUUGUGAAAUGGCGGGCGUUGUUUUAGUUUUAAAGAGUCUGAGGUGUUUGUAUUUCAGGAUGUCGGUGAGUUCAGAUUUUUGGGGCCUUGAGGUGAACCGGAGGUCCCCGCUUCCAUGUCCAGGUGACCUUUUAUUUAACCUUUAUUUUCCCUCCUCUUGUUAGGGUUAACACAAGCUACAGUAGUUGACUUUUGGCUGUAAACUCUGUUGCUUUUAGUCUUUUAUUUUUUUGUUUUUCCUCUGCUGUAAAUCCAGCAGCAGCAGCAGCAGCGUCACAUUCCCAUCGAGAACUUUUUACCUUUCAGCCAUACUCUCUUUUUUUUUUUUUUUUUUUUUUAGUCUCUGACUCUGUUUUCUCUGCUCGUGUCCGGCUGAAGCUGCCUAUAGCUAACAGACUGUAGAAUGAACACUGUAUCUGCUGGUGAGACUUUACAUGACUCUGUAACUAUUAACUUUUUAUUUUUGUUGACUUUUGUGUUAAACUAAUUGAUCGGCCCAGCCUGUUUCUAAUGAUGUACACACUAUGAUGUAGAGAGGUGGACCUGCUGACGCACCACAGGAAGGUCCAGUUUUGAAUAGAAAUACUGUGAUGAUGGAGCCUGAUGUGAGUGUGGACAUGCAGUCAACAUUUGUUUUGAUGAAUAAAAAGGCCAAAUGGAAACUGAA